CGUAACAGGCGCGCUACAUCUCCCGCCAACUACGAAACCAUUCUUCACACUUUCAGCUGACGACCGAGAACGCAGUAUUUUGAUAUCAACGUACACAAGGCAUAAAAUGGCUCAGAUCAACACAGAGCCAAUCAUACAAGAUUGUGACACACUGAAGGAAUUGGAAGGCAGUCCACCACUUAAAAAAUUGAAACAACUAGACCUUAAGCAGAUGAAGCAAGGGCGACUUCCAUUUAAACCUGUUGAUGUUAAACCAAAGACAGGAUUAGGCAACACACCCCCAAGUUCUAAGAAGCGAAAGCUGUCAGAUGGAGAAUCACCUAGUGCAAAGCCUCCAAAAACUCCAAAAUCCCAGACUAAAGUGGUUCCAGAAAUGAAUGAAUCUGAGGUCAGCUCUAGUUCUGAGGCAGAUCACCAGACAAGAAAGGGCAAGAUUCGUAACACUCUUGAGAGGUUUGUUUGUAAGACGUUUCAGGAGGAAAUAUCAUCAACCAACGAUGGUGUGGAUUCUACUGAAACCAAACAAGCUCCAUCUCCAAUCUGCAUAGAGAGUGAUGAAUCGGAUACAGAGAAAGAGAACAUUCCAAAGAACACACCCUGCAAGCCAACAAUCAAAGUUUCCUCGACAGAGUCUGAAGAUCAAAAGGAGGUUCCAGAAGAAGAUGUUAUGGAAGUUGAUUCUGAGUCAGCAGAGGAGGCUGACAAUGAAGAGGAAAUCCAGGAAGAAGCUGAAAGUUCCUCUCCCAGCCCUGACUAUGCUACACCAUCAAAAGAGAAGGCAUCCAGAUCUCAACCUAAAACACCUUUAUGUACCUCUAAAAUGUCAGACUCUCUGUUGCAGACCCCUAAGUCUGCAUCAGAUCUUAGCUGUAGUGACAGUACUCCGGGUACAGCAAAACGAGCUCCUAGAAGAUUGUCUGAUGCAAAAAGGAAAGAAAGAGAGGCUUUGAGACAAAAAGUAAAAGAAGAAAAAGAAAAAAUAAUGGAAGAGAAACGCCAGAAAAAAGAACAGGAGAGAUUAGAAAAAGAACGAGAAAAGGAAAAGCAAAGAAAGGAGCGAGAGGAGGCAAAAGCAGAAAAAGAAAAACAGAAACAAGAAGAAAAACUUAAGAAAGAGAAAGAAAGACAGGAAAAGUUGGCUCAAAAGGAGGAAGAGAAAAAGAAGAAACAGGAGAUGUUAGAAGCUAAACAAGAGGAAAAAAAGAAGAAGGAGGAAGAAAAGAGAUUAAAAGAAGAAGAAAAGCAAAAAGAAGAAGAAGAGAAGAGAAAUAAAGAACAAAAGUUGAAGGCAUCUUUCACAAGCUUUUUUAUCAAACCAAAGACAUCUCCAACUUCAAAGACCAGCAAGGAACCGGUCGGGAUGUUCAUGCCAUUCGAAGUAAAGAAAGACAUGUUACUGGCCCCUGCAACCAGAAGAAAAGAAUUGAAUUCUGAAUCAAGGGAAAAAUUAGAUCAAUGGCUUCAGAGUCAAAACGCCAAAGAUUUGUAUAUAUCAGAGCUGAAAAGUGGAAAAGUCCAACCAAGGAAACAGAGAGGCACUCCUGACAGUCGUAAGAAGGAAGAGGAAGUGGUUCUGGUCCAUGACUCGGAGACUGUGAAGAGCAUCACGUACCACUGUAAACUAUUACAGUUCCACAUGAACUACCGACCCCCGUACUACGGAACCUGGAGAAAAAGAAGCCAAAAACUCUCCCCCAGAAAUCCAUACAAAAUGGAUACUGAUUUGUUUGACUAUGAAGUGGACAGUGAUGAUGAGUGGGAGGAAGAAGAACCAGGAGAAAGCUUGUCAGCAUCAGAGGGAGAGGAAGAAGAGAACAAUGAAGAUGACGAGGAAGAGGAUGCUGGAUGGAUGGUUCCCCACGGUUACCUGUCUGAGGGGGAGGGAUGUGAAGAUGAUGAAGAGGAUGCCAGUGACCUGAAGAUGCGGUGUAGGAAGAAGCUUGAGCAGUGGGAGAUGGAGCUGAAGAGACAGACCCAGCCCGCUCUGGCGGUCAUCAUCGGCUGCUUCUGGGAGCACGCUGUCCAGGAACUGCAGAGGGACCUCCAGGAAAAACUGGCCAUCUACAAGGCUGUUCCACUGGCAGAUGAGCCCAUAAAUACUAGUUUUACUGGAGGAAAGUCCAAAAAAGGAGACAACACUCCAUCAGAAAAAAAGGAAGAUGGAAAGAAAACCCUGUGUAAACCUGUUCCUGAGGAAGCCAUGCCAGAUCUUAUACGACUUGUUCAUGGAAAUUUGGCAGGCAUAAAAAAACUAGUGAAAGAAUUUAGACUCUAUUGGAAGCACAAAACAUCAGGCAAACAAUCAGAAACUGAUCAGGACUCUGAAGAAAAAAUGGAAGUUGAUGAGCAAACAUCUAAAACAGAUAUUAAACCUAUGAAUGAAGGAGAUUUGAAAGAUGGCUCUGAUGUGAAGCCAAGCUCUGCGACUGUAGCUGAAGUAGAUUUCAGUAUUUCAAAAAGGCAGCUGGAAAUAAAAAUUACCUCCAUAGCCACCCGAGAGAAGAGAGACACCUAUAAAAAAAUCUGUUGGUAUGUGAAUGAUUCUGUGCUUGAACAAUACAGCCUGAAGGAACUACCUGUACCAAGUGCUUGGGAAUUCAUCACUCAACCAAGGAAGACUCCAGUUAAACCUAAACCAGAGGAGCCAGUUAACAGUGGCCGCAAGACCCCCACUGUUUCCAUCACGCAGUUUGCCAAGCCUAUGUCCCCCUCCACCAUACAGGCUCAGUUUGCUGCGGCUAAUGCAACAGCGGUGGCUACCAAGCAGAAGCAAGCCGAGGAACUGGCUGCCAAAGCCACGGAAUCCCCGCAACCAGUGGUAACAGUUCAGAAGGAGGAGCCAAAAUCUGAUCAAGCGAAACUGAACUUCUUCUCCCCCUCCAGGCCUCAUCAGUGGAAGAUGGUGUCGUCGGGAUCUUCACAGAGGGAGGGAAAACGGUUAGUGUUGAUGUCCAGUCAGCCAUCAUCGGAAACCAAGACAAACCAAAGUAAACAGGCGCUGAAUGAUGUGUCCAAUACAACACCAAGGCGGAUACAGCUCAAUCCAGCCGAGGACCAAACUAAGGUGGUUGACCUAGAGAAUAAGGGAGAGAACUCCAGAGACGCAAUCAUACUGGAAUGAGACUUCUGUAUUGUACAGUGUGACUGUUCAGACAAGAAUACUAGUUCGCUAAAUUUCUAUUGUACUCAGUCCCUGUAAUUAGAUUUGUGUAGAGGAUUUUGAAUAGUAUUUAUUGAUACGUGUAUAUAUAUAAAGUGUAGGUACCCAUAUACAGUAUGAAAUUAAAAAAGUAUUUAUAUGAACAUGAAA